CGGAGGCUCUUCACAUCUAACGGAGCGAGAGAGUGCAUCGUGGGUCGUUUUCAGAGGAGAGCAGAAUAAUACACUACUGUGCGCCUGUUAUCUCACAGUCAGUCUGCUCCCACAGCAGCAGCCUCCAUCACCACGGUGAAGGACUCUUAGCAGUGACCCAGCCUCAGAGCACGUCCUUGGAUAUUUCCUGUGAAAGGUAGAACAAUCGGCAGCAAAAAAUGGGAUGUUUUGGGUUCCUCAAAGGCAUGAUGUUUGUCUUCAAUGGCAUCAUCUUUUUGGCGGGUGCUGCCAUCCUGGGCGUUGGGAUCUGGGUGAAGGUGGACAGCGGCUCCGUCCUCAGCUUUCUCGGGAAAAUUGAAAAUGCACCAGCAGAGCUCAGUCAGGUGCUCAACGUGGGCUACCUGCUGAUUGCAUUGGGAGCACUCCUGGUCGUCAUCGGCUUCCUAGGCUGCUGUGGAGCCGUCAGAGAAAGCAAGUGCAUGCUGCUUCUGUUUUUUAUCAUCAUCCUGCUGGUCUUCAUAGCAGAGGUUGCAGGAGCAGUGGUGAUCUUGGUAUUCAGACCCUUGGCGAAUGAGUUGUUUACCAAGCUUGGCACAGCAGCAGUCCAGAACAUCAAGGCGGACUAUGGGAAAAAUCCAGACGUCACAGGACUGUGGAACACUACAAUGAGCACAUUAAAAUGUUGUGGAUUCUACAACUCCUCAGACUUCGUGGGCUCUCCGUUUUAUGUGGACCACAACCAACAAUACCCACCACAGUGCUGUCCAGGCGCUGAACAACCGUGUAAUCAAACGGUGGCGGACAGUGCCGCGACAAUCACUGGCUGCUUCCCAAAGAUCAAGAAGCUGAUUGACGACAACACAGUGGUUAUUGUGGGAGUGGCCCUGGGAAUUGCAGCACUAGAGAUAUGUGCCAUGGCUGUCUCCAUGAUCCUCUACUGCAGAAUAAAAUCCAGGAACGACUAACUGCACCUGGCGAAGGCUUUAGAUGGAUCAUUCUAAUCGCUGGAGCCUUUCUGCUUCCUACUUGGCCUUUAGAGGGGGGGCGGGCUGUGCCUUUAUCUUGCAAAAAUGCCUCAACAUUUAGAACAGUUCACAUCAGAUCUUAUGCAAUCAGAAUUACUGAAUGACAUAACAAAUCUAUUUUUACUACACUUAAAUCUAUCUAAUAGAUGUCAUAUAUGAAUGUAUCUCCUUCUUAAGAAUACUACGUUUGUAAAACAGGCUACACACACACACACACACACACACACACACACACACACUGUCUGCUUCACCAGGGAUUAUUUAAAAAUGUCAAGCAGAGCUACUACCUGUAACACAUGGCCAGUUAAUGAGGAAUUACAUGACAGCAGUGUUCGUUGUGAUAAUGAAACAAAGGCUGGUGUGUUGGACACAGGAACCACUAUUAUGAAUGUUGUGACUAUGAUGUAGCUUCUAAAACAGCAAAAGAAAUGAUGCAUUAUUUGUAUGUAUGUUGUAAGGUGAUCAAUUUUGAAAUA